AGCAUCCAGAGCCAUUUUGCGUUAGGCUGAAGAAUCACUGUCUCUCAGCGAAUUCCCACAUCUAUUAACCCUCCCUCAGCUUCCUGACGCACCACUGCGUACCAGGCCCUGCAAAACUAGACUCCCUCAGUCUGAUGGUCUUGCCAGGGGGGGCUCCACCUGCAUUGAUGUUGCUGAGCUGGGGAGAGGCUGAGAGCCUAUAGGAAAACACAUAACAACUGGGCGAGGAAGAAGACGGCGGAUGAACGCAGACUUGAUGGAAUAGCCCUCUGCUGUCCGCAAUCCCAACAGGAUAUUAUCAUCAGGAAUCAGUGGCAGGUGGCCUCUGAUUCCUGGCUGGGCUUCGUCCCAUCAGAUCCUGUGCAGUAGCAGAGUUCCAGCACACAGACACCAUGGCAGGUGCCUCGGUGAAAGUAGCCGUGAGGGUCCGUCCCUUCAAUUCACGAGAGAUCGGAAAAGAGAGCAAGUGUAUCAUCCAGAUGACAGGCAACACUACCACAAUUAUGAACCCGAAACUGCCAAAGGAGAGCAAGAGCUUCAACUUUGACUAUUCCUAUUGGUCACAUACAACGCCAGAAGAUGUGAAUUAUGCAUGCCAAAAGCAGGUUUAUAAAGACAUAGGGGAGGAAAUGCUUCUGCAUGCUUUUGAGGGAUAUAACGUCUGCAUCUUUGCCUAUGGGCAAACUGGGGCAGGAAAGUCAUAUACCAUGAUGGGCAGGCAAGAGAAAGACCAAGAGGGCAUCAUCCCGCUGCUGUGUGAGGACCUGUUUACCAAGAUCAGUGACAAUAAUGACAACAGCAUGUCAUACUCGGUUGAGGUCAGUUACAUGGAGAUCUACUGUGAGCGUGUGCGGGACCUUCUGAACCCAAAGAACAAAGGGAAUCUGCGUGUGCGAGAGCAUCCUCUGAUGGGACCGUAUGUGGAGGACCUAUCAAAACUGGCCGUUACUUCCUACAGUGACAUACAGGACCUGAUGGACUCUGGAAACAAAGCAAGGACUGUGGCAGCCACCAACAUGAAUGAGACCAGCAGCCGCUCGCAUGCUGUGUUCAACAUCAUCUUCACACAGAAACGACAUGAUAGUGAAACAGAAAACACGUCUGAAAAGGUCAGCAAAAUCAGCUUGGUAGACUUGGCAGGGAGUGAGAGGGCUGAUUCUACUGGAGCUAAAGGCACUAGACUCAAGGAGGGAGCCAAUAUCAACAAAUCUUUGACAACACUAGGCAAAGUUAUCUCGGGUCUGGCUGAGAUGGACUGUGCACCAAACAAGAACAAGAAGAAGAAGAAAGUGGAGAGCUUUAUUCCAUACAGAGAUUCAGUUCUGACAUGGCUGCUGAGGGAAAACCUCGGAGGAAACUCGCGCACUGCUAUGGUAGCAGCUCUAAGCCCUGCUGACAUUAACUAUGAUGAGACGCUCAGCACGCUCAGGUAUGCUGACCGAGCCAAGCAGAUCCGCUGCAACGCCGUCAUCAAUGAAGACCCCAACAACCGUCUGGUGCGUGAGCUGAAGGACGAGGUGGCACGUCUGAAGGACCUGCUCUAUGCUCAGGGUCUUGGAGACAUCAUUGAGACAUAUCGGGCACAGGCUCCUGGUAUAUAUGCUCUUAAAUACUUGUCCAGUUACAAGACUAAUCUCAAUAGCAUCCAGGCUGUCAAUCAAAGGGGUGAUCUCUCCACAGUGACCAAUGCCAUGACAGGGAUGAGUCCCUCACCCUCCCUCUCUGCCCUGUCCAGCCGAGCUGGCUCCAUCAGCAGCCUGCAUGACCGGAUCAUGUUCAGCCCAGGUAGCGAGAAAGCCAUUGAGAGGCUGAAGGAAACUGAGAAGAUAAUCGCAGAACUCAAUGAAACUUGGGAAGAGAAGCUUCGUCGCACCGAGGCAAUUAGAAUGGAAAGGGAGGCACUUUUGGCUGAAAUGGGUGUGGCGAUGAGGGAAGAUGGAGGAACCGUUGGAGUCUUUUCACCAAAGAAGACAUCUCACCUAGUCAACCUCAAUGAAGAUCCACUGAUGUCUGAAUGCUUGUUGUACUACAUUAAAGAUGGAAUCACAAAGGUCGGCCGGGAGGAUGCCAGCAGUCGCCAGGAUAUUGUCUUGAGCGGCCACUUCAUUGAAGACGAACACUGUAUCUUUACAAGUAGCACAAAUGCCUCAGGAGAGGGUACGGUGGUCCUGGAGCCCUGUGAGGGAGCAGAGACUUACGUUAACGGGAAGAGAGUGACAGAGCCCACUGUUCUCAGAUCAGGUAACCGUAUCAUUAUGGGCAAGAGCCACGUGUUCCGUUUCAAUGACCCUGAGCAAGCACGGCAAGAGAGGGAGAGAACCCCAUGUGCAGACACACCUGUGGAGCCAGUGGACUGGGCCUUUGCCCAGAGAGAACUACUGGAAAAACAAGGCAUUGAUAUGAAACAAGAGAUGGAGCAAAGGUUACAGGAGCUAGAAGACCAGUACCGCAAGGAGAGAGAGGAAGCAAGCAACCUUCUGGAACAACAGAGACUAGACUAUGAGAGUAAGCUGGAAGCUCUUCAGAGGCAGGUCAACUCAAGAUAUUACCCAGAAACUACAGAGGAAGAGGAGGAACUUGAAGAGGAAGUGCCGUGGACAAAGCGAGAGACAGAACUGGCCCUCUGGGCUUUCCGGAAAUGGCGAUUCUAUCAGUUCACCUCUCUCAGAGACUUGCUCUGGGGAAAUGCAAUUUUCCUCAAGGAGGCUAAUGCCAUUAGUGUGGAGCUAAAGAAAAAGGUUCAGUUUCAGUUUGUACUACUAACGGACACACUGUACUCCCCACUGCCCCCUGACCUCUUGCCCCCCAGUAUAGCCAAAGAUAGGGAGAAAAGGCAGUUCCCUCGCACCAUCGUGGCAGUAGAGGUUCAGGACCAGAAAAAUGGUGCCACACACUACUGGACACUGGACAAACUCAGACAAAGACUGGAUCUGAUGAGAGAAAUGUAUGACCGAGCAGCAGAGGUGCCCAGUAAUGCAGUCGAGGACUGUGAACAUAUGAUGUCCGGCGGUGACCCCUUCUAUGACCGCUUUCCAUGGUUCCGUCUGGUUGGUCGCACUCCCAUUCUCAACACGUGCAUGAGCAAGCGCAUGAGUGACCUUACCCUCUCCCCCACCCUCUCCGACCCCGACUCUGACAUAACCGAGCUCUCUGAUGAGCGGCAUUAUGGGAAAUUCGAGGUGGAGGAGGAGGAGUUGGAUGACCUGGAUGAUGAGAUCUUUAUGGAGGACCCUGGCUCAGAGCUUGGGAGAGAGGAGGAUGGUGUGGGGGAGGACUCCCCAUGUGUCAGCGAUGGCAAGGACCCCUUUUACGACCGCUGGCCUCUAUUCAGUUUAGUGGGAAGGGCAUUUGUGUAUCUGAGUAAUCUGCUGUACCCUGUGCCAUUAGUGCACCGUGUGGCCAUUGUGAGUGAGAAAGGCGAGGUCAAGGGGUUCCUCCGUGUGGCAGUACAAGCCAUAUCAGCUGAUGAAGAGGCUCCUGAUUAUGGGUCAGGUGUGAGACAAUCAGGAACUGCCAAGAUCUCAUUUGAGGAUCAACAGUUUGAAAAGUUCCACACAGAAUCAUGCACCGGUGAGAUGUCUCACACAAAUACAUCUCAAGAGGAGCUGCGCAUCGUAGAAGGAGAAGGACAAAACUCAGAGUUGGGCCUCAGUGCUGAUGAGGUCAACAACAACACCUGUGCAGCCUCUCCUGAUGAUCCUAACAGUCCUCUGAAGGAUGGUCUGGAAGGUUCUCUUGAUGUGACUCAGGAAAAAUCACUCCAGCACUUGAAUAUCGGCAACAACUUCACCUUCAGGGUCACAGUGCUUCAGGCCUCCAGCAUCUCUGCUGAGUAUGCAGAUAUCUUCUGCCAGUUCAACUUUAUUCACAGGCAUGACGAGGCAUUUUCCACUGAGCCAUUAAAGAAUACAGGCCGAGGGCCUCCACUGGGAUUCUACCAUGUACAAAAUAUAACCGUGGAAGUCACCAAGUCUUUUGUGGAAUACAUCAAGAGUCAGCCAAUCGUUUUUGAGGUGUUCGGCCACUACCAGAAACAGCCUUUCCUUCCUCUCUGCAAGGACUUAAUCAGUUCCUUACGUCCAACAAGAAGGCAGUUCCCUAGAGUUAUGCCUUUGUCAAAGCCAGUGCCUGCCACUAAACUAAACACGCUGACACGCUCCACUGCUGGCCCCUGUCACUGCAAAUAUGACCUUAUGGCAUUCUUUGAGAUCUGUGAGCUGGAGGCCAACGGAGACUACAUCCCAGCUGUUGUUGAUCACAGGGGUGGAAUGCCCUGCCAUGGUACAUUCCUGUUGCACCAGGGCAUCCAAAGGAGAAUUACAGUGACUAUUGCCCAUGAAACCGGCAAUGAUAUUGAGUGGAAGGAGGUUAAAGAGCUCGUCAUAGGGCGUAUCCGUAACACACCCGAAGCAGAUGAGACUAUCAUCGACCCCAACAUCCUGUCCCUCAACAUCCUGUCUUCAGGCUACAUACGACCAUCUUAUGAUGACAGGACAUUUUACCACUUUGAGGCCGCAUGGGACAGCUCCAUGCACAACUCCCUCCUGCUGAACCGUGUCACUCCAUAUGGAGAGAAAAUUUACAUCACUCUUUCUGCCUAUCUUGAGAUGGAGAACUGCACUCAGCCCACUGUCAUCACUAAGGACUUUUGCAUGGUGUUCUACUCCAGAGAUGCUAAACUUCCUGCGUCUCGCUCCAUUCGAAACCUUUUCAGCACUGGUGCCUUCAGGCCCUCUGAGAGUAACCGUGUGACUGGAGUGUAUGAAUUAAACCUCUGCAAUUUGGCUGACAUUGGAAGUCCUGGUAUGCAAAGGAGGCGCAGACGGGUGCUGGACACCUCUGUGGCGUAUGUGCGCGGAGAGGAGAACCUUGCAGGUUGGAGGCCCCGCAGCGACAGUCUUAUCCUGGACCACCAGUGGGAGCUGGAGAAACUUAGCCUCCUACAAGAGGUAGAGAAGACCAGGCAUUACCUGCUGCUGAGAGAGAAGCUGGAAGCAUCUCUACUUCUGGGACAGGACUCUUUCUGUGGCAAAGACCUGAUGGAUUCACCAAAGGCCUCCCGCCACGCGAUCAACCCAGUAGUCAAUCUGUGUCUGGACAGUCCCAACGAGAGGCAGAGGGACCUGGCUGCCAAGUGUGUGCGACUGCUCAUGCACACCUUCAACAGGCAGUACAGCCAGGUGAGCAGCAGUCUCAGUGAGAGCAAGCUAUCAGAGAUGUCUGCAUCACUUUUAAGAGAAAGUUCUUCUUCCCAUCUGAGCACUUUGACACCCUCCUCCACCUGCCCAUCACUUGUGGACGGACACUAUUGCAGUCCAGGGUUCAGAGGCGCUGAAACAAACUCUGGUGCCUCUAGCCCUGAUCUCGACCCCUUCAGCCCUAUAGAGAGAAAACCCAGGAGCUGCACCUUCAUCCCAAACAUCCAGGAGAUUCGCGUCAGACCUAUUGUGUCAAAGAAAGGCUGUCUACACUUUCUCGAGCCACACACCAAUGGCUGGGUGAAGCGUUACAUUGUGGUGCGGCGGCCAUAUGUCUACCUGUACCGCAGUGAGAGAGACUGCGUGGAGAGAGCCAUCAUCAACCUGUCCACUGCUCAGGUGGAGUACAGCGAAGAUCAGCAGGUCAUGCUGAGGGCUCCUAACACUUUUGCAGUGCGCACUGAACACCGCAACAUUCUCCUCCAAGCAGCCAAUGACAAAGAGAUGCAUGACUGGCUGUACGCAUUCAACCCGCUGCUGGCAGGAACUAUCAGGUCUAAGCUUUCCAGACGAAAAUCAGGACAGCUGAGGAUGUGAAAGUGUUUUUCUCUGGCUGAAACCAUAAACCGAAAGCUAGCAGGACUUUAUGAUGUAAUUAUUAGGUCAUGUGAUCAUAAGUGCCCUAUCCCCAUGUCAUCACAGCUGCCUCUUGCCUGCCCUUCCCAGCAUUCCCCUCUCAGUCUGUCCAUGCCGUACAUACACUGUGGGCUUGGCUUCACAGAGUAUGUGUGUUUAUGUGUGUGUCAGACCAUAUUUAAUGUAAAUUUA